AAAAAUAACGGUCACAAAACAAAGAAAAAGAUCCAACUCCAAAAAUGAAAAGGAAACAAGUAGAAGAGGAGGAGCAGGAGGAGGAGGAGGAGACAGCAAGGCUUAUUUCCUGUAAAGUGGUAGAAUAUUUAGAGCCAGUGAUGUCAAAAGAGCUUCUCUUCAAGUUCCCAGAUAACUCUGCCUUCGAUUUCGACUACGCUCAGAGCUCAAUAUGGUCUCCUUUAGUGCCAAGAAAUUACAGCCCCAUGGAUUUGGACUUGGUUACUCCAACAAAAAUAGCAUUUGGGUUUGUCUCAGAAUUGGACAACAAGAACAGCGGUAGAAGUGGUUCCAAGAAACUCAGCUCCAGCAUCAAGAAGAAGAAGAAGAUGAUGAUGAAGAAGAUGGCUAUCAGUACAACUGCCUUCAACGGUAGUCUUAGUAAGUUGAAGAUAAGGAAGCAUAAGGUUAAGGUCUCUGAGUUCUCUCCAACUUCAAUUAAGACUUCUUGUGUUCCCUUUGCUACCAAGGGAUGGAAUAAAGUGCUGAAAGCUGCCACAAAACAUUUCAAGAAAAGGAAGAUGAAAGAUCCCACAGCCCAUGUGAAGCUUUCCAAUUAUUUGAGAGAUGUAUAGCAAUUGAAUUAUUGAAUUCAUUGCUCAGCUGAUUUCAAUUCCUUUGUGAUUGUUCUCAACUAGAUUAAUCAAUUGGAUGGUAUCUAGAUUGUAUUUGUAGCACUUAUUCUUUAAAAGCUAUAAUAAAUUUCAGAUUCUCUUGUCAAAAA